AUGGCGAUUAGUAAAGUGUGUAGAGAUUUUGAUACUUUUUGGAGGUUUUUUCCCGAUGAAUUGAAAGAUUCUGGAGAAUCUAAAGAAUAUGAUUUUAAUUCUAGAAUGCUCAAGAAAUAUUGCCCUAAAGAAAGUUGUAAUAACGAUAUUGACAAGAUUAAUGCUGGAUGUUUAUGGUUAAUUAAUGCAAUUUUCAGUACAUCUAAUUUUACAUUUGAUAAUAAUACUCUUAAGGAUGAUGCUGUAUGUAUUAUGAUAUGGUUAGGUUAUAUAUUAAGCCUAAAACCACCUGAUAAUAUCAAAACAUUAAACGAUUUUUAUUCUAACCAUAUAGAAAAAAACACGAUGUACAGUGAGCAUAAAGUUAAUAAUCAAGAAACAUAUAAUAAGAAAAUCAUGGAUGGAAUAAAGGAAUAUAUGGAUAUUAAUAUUAGUCAUAUGCCUAGAUUUUAUGAGUUACUUAAAUUAUUAUGUAAUAUGAAUAGUGACAUAGAAAAAAAAAGUAGUGACGAUAUUUUAAAACAUGCUAAUAAUUUUUUAAAUAUAUAUAAAGAACUCCUUAAUGAUAAUAAUAAUGAUGACGGCAGCACAUACAAUAAAGUAUUACUUGUUUUAUACAGAUAUUAUAUGAAUUUUGGAAAAGGCACAAAUCUCUAUAGUAAAACAAAAGUUUUCCCUUCAUUACCAACAAAAAAAACAGCUGAAAAUGGUGGUAUAUCAGAUUCUAAAGUAACUAAAACAAUUGAAUCCUCAAGUGAAACGGGCCAAUCAAAUAUUGUAACAACAACUUUUAGUUCUAAUACUACAUUAUCAGGCUCAUCACUAGUAAAUAAAUUAAUUCCAGUUUUAUCGAUAUUUGUUGCAAUAGCAAUUUUGGGGGGAAUUUCUUAUAAGUAUUCAUUAUUUGGAUUUCGGAAACGAGUUCAAAAACAACAUUUAAGAGAAAAGCUAAAAAAAUAA